CGCCCUGGUGACGCCUCCGCCGCCCUCUGCUCGCCUGCAGGGCUCCGCGGACGUGAACGAAGAUGAACCCUCAGCAGCAGCGGAUGGCCGCGAUCGGGACCGACAAGGAGCUGAGCGACCUGCUGGACUUCAGCGCGAUGUUUUCCCCUCCUGUUAAUAGUGGGAAAACCAGACCAACCACGCUGGGAAGCAGUCAGUUCAGCGGAUCAGGUAUGGAAGAACGAACAGGUGCUGUAUCUUGGGGAACAAGUGGUCAGUCGAGUCCAUCAUAUGAACCUACAAGGGAAAAUGGCAGUCUCCUUGGAAAAAGUUCAGAUCUUUCUACAGCUCUUGAAAAGCUGAAACAUGAGGAGGGUUUUACAGACAGUCCUCAUUAUGGUGAUCAUGUGAAUGAUAGUCGAUUAGGGCCCAAUGAAGGAUUGUCCCCAACACCCUUCAUGAACUCAGAUCUGAUGGGGAAGACAUCAGAAAGAAGUCCAUUUCCAUUGUUUGGUCGAGAUCCAGGACUUUCAGGCUGUCAGUCUGCUCUGCUUCGGUCAGAUAUUGGACUUGGAAGUCCAGGUGCAGUGUCGUCCUCAGGAAAAGCUGGUACACCAUAUUAUCCAUUUUCUACAACAAAUCCACGCCGAAGAGCACUUCAUGAGUCGUCUUCUCUUGAUUCACUGCAGACAAAGAAAAUAAGGAAGGUACCCCCUGGCUUGCCUUCUUCUGUCUAUGCACCGUCCCCUAAUUCAGAUGACUUUAAUAGAGAAUCUCCAAGUUACCCGUCUCCUAAACCACCAAGCAGUAUGUUUGCUAGCACUUUCUUUUUGCAAGAUGGGACCCACAGUGCUUCAGACCUUUGGAGCCCCUCCAAUGGAAUAAGCCAGCCUGGCUAUGGUGGAAUGCUGGAGAGCUCCCCUCACCUGUCACACUCCAGCAGUUACGGCAGUCGGCAUGCCCAUGACCGCCUGAGCUAUCCCCCACAUUCAGUCUCACCAACAGAUAUAAACGCCAGUCUUCCUCCAAUGUCUAGCUUCCACAGGGGUAGUACCAGCAGUUCAUCAUAUGCCACUGCCUCUCACACUCCACCUGUCAAUGGAUCAGAUAACAGCAACAUACUGGUUAACAGAGGCAAUGCUGCAGGAAGCUCACAGACUGGGGAUGCCCUUGGAAAAGCCUUGGCAUCUAUUUAUUCUCCUGACCACACUAGCAGUAGUUUUCCUUCAAAUCCCUCAACACCUGUUGGAUCACCAUCACCUCUCACAGGUGCCAGUCAGUGGUCAAGGACUGCAGGACAAGCCCCUUCGUCUCCAAACUAUGAAAAUUCUCUGCACUCCUUGAAAAAUCGAGUUGAGCAACAGCUUCACGAGCAUUUGCAAGAUGCUAUGUCAUUCUUAAAGGAUGUCUGUGAGCAGUCACGGAUGGAGGAUCGCUUGGACAGACUUGAUGAUGCUAUCAAUGUGCUGAGGAACCAUGCCGUGGGACCUUCCACCAGUCUGGCCGGAGCACAUGGAGAUAUACACAGUUUACUGGGACCAUCCCAUAAUGGGCCAAUUAGUAGCUUGAGCUCGAAUUAUGGUGCGUCCAGCCUUGUAGCAACCAGUCGGCAGGCUUCAAUGGUCAGCACUCACCGGGAAGAGAGCCUCAACCUCGGUAGCAACCAUUCCGGAUUGUCUGCCAGCCUCCCUGCCCAGAAUGCAGAGUUGAAUCACAAAACAUCAGAAACCUACAGAGUGCUGUCAGCUGGGUUGCCAGCCCAGUCAGUGGCUAUAGGACCAGCUGAGAUCAAGUCAGAACACAAGGAGAAGGAUGAAAAUGCUCAUGAGCCCGCUUCCUCUGAUGACAUGAAAUCUGACGACGAGUCCUCCCAGAAGGAUAUCAAGAUUUCGUCAAGGGGAAGAACAAGCAGCAUGAAUGAAGACGAGGACUUGAACCCAGAACAGAAGCUGGAGAGGGAAAGGGAACGGCGAAUGGCCAACAAUGCUCGUGAGCGCUUGCGGGUCCGAGAUAUUAAUGAAGCAUUCAAAGAGCUGGGACGGAUGUGUCAACUUCACCUGAAGAGUGAAAAACCUCAGACCAAGCUGCUUAUUCUUCACCAGGCGGUGGCAGUCAUCCUCAGUCUGGAGCAGCAAGUCAGGGAGAGGAACCUAAACCCCAAAGCAGCCUGCCUUAAGAGAAGGGAAGAAGAAAAAGUUUCUGCCGUAUCAGCAGAGCCACCAGCGUCACACCCGGGAAGCCAUCCUGGACUCAGUGAAUCUACCAACCCUAUGGGUCAUAUGUAAACACCAGAAUUCCAGAAUUAUGGGGAGGAAGCCUAGAAGGUGACCUUUUCUUCACAAGGACACAGACUCAGAAUAGCAUUAAGUGAGGUCACAUCUGAGAAGAGAAGCAAGCAACCCAAACUCCGCCCUGUGAUCCACGCUGUUAGUCAGUACCUGCAUCCGGAGUGGCAUUGCCAGCCUCUCCUUCCUGGAGAAUUCUGACCCCGGAAAUUCCCCGCACAUCUCCUCGUCCUGCUCCUGCUCCGUCGCCGUGUUCGCAGCAUGCCGCUCCAGCACAAUCAGAGACUCUUCAAUCUUCCCACUGGCUGUGGAAGUUGCCUUGUGCCUAAACCGAAUUGACAAAUGCAUUGUAACUACAAAUUGUUAUUUAUUUGUAACAGAACUAUAAAGGUCUACAUUUGAAGGGAAAAAUUAACCUGUUCAAAGCUGAUAGUCCAGUUGAGAUGCCAGCGUUCAAAAGCACAUUCCGAGAGCAAAGCCACGACCACCGCAGCAGCCCCUUCACAUUCCCAACAUGCCUACGAGUGUCUUAAAAGAAAGAAGGGACAAGGGCUUCUGUCUUUUCCAGCUCCUCUGCCCGCUUGACAUGUGUUUUCCUUGGUCUGUCUCUGCGAUUAAAUGCUCGCGGCCGCAGCACUGCGCUUUACCGUGAAGCCUUUCAGGUCCAGGGGAAGAGUGCAGGCAGACGUUUCUUGAACGGAAGAGAGGGUGGCGGCAGCUCCUCGAUGCCUCAGCGAAAGCCUUUAGACUGUCGGGGUUCCUAGCAAAGCACAGCUGAGUGGAGGAGAACCUGCUUAGAACUGCAUUGUUUUUUAAGCAGUAAGUACACACACAGCGGACGUAAGCACAAACCCCACUGAAUACACAUUAGGGUUACUGGCCUGUGGUGCAGGAGCUUGCUCUGAGCCUCUGAUGAGCAGGUGUUGGGAUGAGCCAAUCCCGUCACUGGGAGACGAGGGCCACAGUCCCAGGCUGUCCUGAUAGCACGGCUUGACGUUUAGCUUACCUGUGAACAGGGAAGGUUGGGGUGGGGAGGGAUUCUGCCAGCCACACACCCAAGGCACGCAAGAGCAGAGGCAUCUAUCGCACGGUCAGGGUGUGGGGUGGCUUCAUCUGCCUCCCCGCCCAAGUGUACCUUCACUGCUGCCUCUCUUGGGACUGAUCCAACUCCUUUAACUUCCAUAAAAAUUGUCUUCCACUGUAGAACCGCAGAGCUGGGGGUGGGGGGAGCGGAGCGGAGCAGAGCGGAGCAGAACUCCUGCAAGUAUUGCAGCGUUCUCUUUUGUGCAAGCGGCACCCUGCUUCCGCUCUCUGAAGGAACGACUCCACUCACUCUUUGAAUAAUCUCACUGCAUUGAAAAGAACAAAAAUGUUGUUGCGAUUUUGAGAUCAUGCCUCAGAGGGUUCCUAGCAAAUCACUGUUUUCAGGCGGCUGCCAGGCCUUUGCAUCUGUCCUCCAGCAACACCUGGCAAAUGUUGGCGGCCUUGCUCUUCCUCCUCUCGGCGUGUCUCAGCUCAGUGAGCUUCUGCUUAUGAUGACGUGUGCAAGUCCUCGGCUGCCCCUGCCUGGCCUUUUUCCUUCCUAGCUUAUUGUCUCAUGGCUAUAUUAGACUUUGCAGUUUGUCCUUCAUAACAGAGAGAGAAAGAGAGAGAAAGAGAAAACAUUUGGCUUAUUUUUCACUGUAGCUAGUCUUUUAUACAAUAAUCUUGUAAGAAAGUUUCUUGAAUUCUAAAUAUUACUCUUUCUAGAUUUUUGAAAUCAAAAAAGGUUUUCAGUAAAAAUUUUCUUACUUUAUUUUACUAUAUUAGGUAGUAAAAAUGUAGGGUUAUUUACCAUAACCUGUUCAUUAAUAUCAGAAAUUUACAAUAGCAUUGUAAGAGCAUAGUAGGGUUCUAGCAUACUGUGUAGUACCUUAUGGAGUAUCGUACGAGCUACUUGUCUGAGAUGAAUUGCUUCUCACCUUGUUAUUCAGUUCCCAUUGUUGGUUUAUUGCAAAUUUGUAUCCUGUGUCAAAUUUCAAGAUGUUACUGAUAAACUUUUUCAACCAGCAGCAAGAAGUUCAACACUUUUUCUGUCAAUGUAACAGAAAACACUAUGUAUAUAACAUUUAUGUAGCAAUAAAUGUGCCAUCUUUUUUAAA